UUAGAUUACUAUUUGUUAGAGAACACGUCAGAGACACCGGACUGCAGGGUAACGAGAAUUUUCACAAGCUCACUCGAAGCUCGAGCUCACAUCUACAACUCAGGGAAAAGAAUAAGCAUGACUGACUAGUGGAUCAGAUUUUAGCCUAACCUAAGACUUCCCUCUUCUAAUCGCUAUGUGCAAUUGUUUUUCUCUUACCUUCUUUCCUCAUUCUUCUACUGGCUUUUCAUUUGCCUUCAAACUUACCCACAAAACACUACCAAUCCAUGCUAUUAACAGGAUACACUUUGGGAACCCGAAAAGGAACUUACCCAAGUCAAGCAGUUCAAAUGGUUAUAAUUUUUUCGAUGAUCAAGAAACUGAUAUUCCAAGUCCCAUAAAAGGAAUUGAUGAUGAUAGUGGCAUUGGGUUUCUUGAAUUUGAUAAUAAGAUGGGUAAAGAAUUGGAAAAGGAAAUUCCUGUCAUUUCACCUCCAAGAAUUGAAAAACAAGAAGAAAUUACAAGUGAUGAUAAUGGGGUUGGGUUUCUUGAUUUCAACAAUAACAAAGGUAGAGAAGAAGAAAUGCUGGAAAAGGGUAUUGUAAGGAGGAAGAAGCAAAUGAUGAAAAGGUCUAAUAUGAUUGCAAAGCAAGUGAUCAGUAUUCAAUCUGCUCUCAGCUUGGGCUUUGUUUCACAGCUUUGGGUGGACAUUAAUUCUUGGAUUGUUUUCUUAGUUGAAGUGAGGCCAAACUUACUUUCUGGUGAAGUGGAACAGUUUAUGCUGGAGAAUGUUAAACAGGUAGGAGAUGUUGUACUUGUUGAGGAUGAGAGUGUGAUGGAAAAUGAAUUUAAGCUUGUGGGAUUGCAGACAUUGGUAGGGUACAACGUCGUAACAUCACGUCAACGGAACAUUGGGAAGAUUCGUGGCUAUACUUUCAAUAUUAACUCAGGAGCAGUAGAAUCUCUUGAGCUUGAUUGCUUAGGAAUAUCCAUAAUACCAUCCAGUUUGGUGAGCACCUAUUGUCUAUUUGUUGAGGAUGUGGUCGACGUUUUAUCUGAUACCAUUGUUGUCCAUGAAGCUGCAGCCUCACGCCUACAGAGACUUACAAAGGGAUUCUGGGAUGCCCAGAAAAUGGCUUACUCUGCAGAUGAAACGCAAGAUUACAGCAACUUAAGAAACACGCAUGCUAAGCCCGCGUAUGGCAGAAGUCGUAAAAAAUCUUCAGCAAAAAAGUUAAGGAAGAAAAUAAAAGAACUCGCUGAUGAUUGGGACCUCCCUAUGGAUUUCUUUUAAUCUGCUAUAUUUCUUCACAAUGUACAUAACACAAAAGGACAAUUGAUUCUCUAUCCUUUCUUUAAAAUCAUUGUUUCCACACAGUUGCUGAGUAGAUAUAUUAUUUUGAAGAUUUUGUUUAUCCAGCUUGUAAUCUGUAUAGUGUCUAACACAGUCGAUGUAGAUCUUUUGUAUAUGGAACUGGAUACCUCCAAGUUUCAUGUAGCUAAUUGUAUGACCAAAGUGACUAUCUGUAUUUGUUGUUUCUU